ACCGGACACCGCACGGUGUUUCACGAAGGGCAGGGAGCAGUGUCCAUCGUGGGAUCUGUGUCUCUGACUGAUGAUGAUGACUCAAUGCUAACAGAGCUCAAGUGUUCUCUGACAAACCCUUUUGACGGUACUAAUGAGUUCCUAGUUAUCAGAGGUACAGUACCGAAUGGACUGACUGCCACUAUUUCAAGUGAUGGCUACAGUGUCACAUUCACUGGUACUGCCGACAUAUCCUUUUAUGCAAUGGCUAUAACACUAAUUCAAUACAACAGCACCACCAGUAACCCCACAGAUAUGGCAAGGGAGGUCAAUUGCUAUGCUUCUGACGCCAUUGCAAGAAGCAACUUUGCUGUUGCAGAGAUCAUAUUCGUCACAGUCAAUGAGAAUCCUACUCUAGACCUUGACAGCCUGUCAACUACCGUCAACUACAGUGCAAACUUUGUGGAACAGGGUGGCCCUAUACAAAUCACGGGAGAUGUCGUGAUAAUUGAUGAAGAUGACAACACGAUGGGCUCACUAACUGUCACUCUACUCGAACCUUUCGCUGAGGAAUCGCUGUCACUUGAUUCAGGCUAUACCCUUCCAUCUCAACUAACUCUCACUUCGUCUACCUCGCGAUUGGAGAUCAGUGGGUUAGCUCUCAUACCAGCCUACAGAAGUUUGCUUUCGAAUGUUGUCUACAACAAUACAGCCGUGGAGCUAACAGAUACCACAGACCGUCUGGUUCAGUUUGUACUGCAGGAUGAUGGUGGAGCCACCACCAAUCCCGCAUAUACCCAGAUCUCAAUCACACCAGUUGACGAUAACCAACCAGUAUUUGAGGAAAUCCCAGAGGCCUUUGUUUUGCUUGAGAAUGCAACUAGUGGGACAGAGGUGGGAAGAGUCAAAAUAACAGAUCUUGAUGAGCCGACUGGAAAUGAUAUACCGAGUUUUUCAAUCACCGCAGACUCAAUUCCCACAUUUGGAACAUCAGACUUCUUCAUUGUCAACAACCCAGACGACAUGUAUGAAGGCAUUAUACGGGUAUCAGAUGGAAAUGCUAUUGACUAUGAUGACCAUGCCACCAACUACUCCCUCAUUGUCUUGGCUAGAUCGGGACUUUUCAUUACAAGCAUCACUGUUUCCGUGUCAGUGACCAACCUCCCAGACCUCGAACCCAUUUUCACGACCUUUCCGCUCACGUUUCAAGUAUCGGAGAAUGAAACUCUCGGCGCACCACUCUCACCAUCAAUGGUUGUAGCUGUAGAUCCGGAUGCCCUCGACACGAUUGAGUAUGACAUCACUGGAAAUGAGAUUGGAGGGGUACCUCUUAUUGAUAUUCACUCUACUUCUGGUUUGCUAACUGUUGUGGGUCACAUCGACAGAGAAAUCCAUGGAUCGGAGUUCGUAGUAAAUAUCAGUGCCAGGGAUUCAAAUACUAAGACAUCAUACAUAGCCACAGUAAGGAUCCUUGGAAUCAAUGAGUUUCAUCCAAGAUUCUCUGCCCCAACUUACCUCGCCUUUAUUACUGAAAACGAACAGCCAAGUGCUGAUCCAAUCGCGACUGUCUCCGCUACAGACGUAGAUGAAGUAUUAGGUGAUCGGAACAUCACGUACACACUCCGAAGUGGCAUUGGUUCACAUCUGUUCAGCAUCGACACCAGUUCAGGCGAAGUAUAUCAGUUGCAACCAGUUGACUACGAACAUUUUAACACCAUAUCACUUGUGGUUGAGGCAAAUGAUAACGACCCAACUCCAACCGCACUAACAUCCACAGCUCAAGUAGAAGUAACCGUAGGAAAUAUCAACGACGAAUCUCCAUUCUUUAACAAUCUCCCAGCUGAUAUUGUUGUCUCAGAGCUGGCGUCUCAGCAUGCUGCAGUUUUCACUGUAGAUUUUGGUGAUCCUGACAUCAACUAUGACCUGCGGUUCAUCUCAAUAGGAUUGAACACGUUUGCCAUUGACACUGCUACUGGAGAGGUGACUGUCACAGCUUCCCUACUGGAUGCUGAUGAAGGGCAAAGAAGGUUCUUUUUCAUUAUUGAGCUAACUGAUCAGAAUACAGCUGCCGAGUUUUCCUCCGUCCGUACAAUAUCGGCUCAACUGAACAUAACGCUGGAGGACAUAAACGAUAUAGUUCCGGUUUUCUCUGCAGACAGCUAUGAGGGAGAAGUAAUGGAGAACCUUGAUCCCGGGCAGUCUGUGGUACAAGUGUCAGCCACUGAUGGUGACUAUGGUCUAACACCAGAAGGACAGAGCAACGGAAACAACAGAGUGCAGUACUUGCUUGGGUCCGAUGCACCAGAUGGACUGUUUGUCAUCAAUAAUGAAACCGGUCUCAUCACUACUAGUAUCACUCUAAAUCGUGAAGACGGGUCUGAGUAUGUAUUUACUGUGAUUGCUCGCGACUCACCGAUCUCGGAAUCGUCUAAUCUUCGCACCACACAAGUGAGGAUCAAUGUGAUUGAUGUCAAUGAGCACAACCCUGAAGCCGAUCCUAGCCAGUACUACAUAUUCGUGGAGGAAAACACCUCAGCCAUUUCUUCAGACAUUGGCUGCAUCCCAGUGGAGCACAGAAGUGGAGCCAGGUUUGUACCUGAGAGAGCUGAAAGAAGCAUCUCUGACGGACUCAGAGGUGUUUGUGGUUCUCUGUCAAUUCAUGACUGUUGGAGGAGAUGGGUCCAUCAGUCUCGAGGAAGUGACAUACAUGGACGGAGAGAACUGCAUCGAUACUGUCGCAGAUCCUCUCUGGAUGCAGACUAUUGAUGCAGUCCCAAGGAACACGAGGGAGUCAACAAUCAGUGUGCCCCUUUCAGAUGACACGGAGAGUGAUAUUCUUGGGGUGUACACAAAUGGCCCUACUGACGAUACACGUGACAGGUUCCUCAAUGUAUGGAGCACAUUUAUGGAAACGGAAUAUGAAAUUACCGACCGAAUUGUCAGUUUCCAGUCUCCGACGUACGUACAGGCACUUAACGGGGGCAUUGCCAAUGGCCGCUACCAGUGCAACCUUACCACUGGUAAUGAAAUAGAAAGGGGCGUUCAGUAUGACCCACGAGAGUUCUCCAACUGUAGCACAGUAGAAGGUGGCUUUAGCGCAGGCAGCCUUUCCUCCACCUA